AUGCAGUUAAACGACGAGAGUCCAGUUCAUGUUGUUUCAAAUGUAACUGAAAUUUAUCAAUUCUUAUCGAUAUACCGUGAAAUGAUUAUGGCUAAAUAUUACAGUAUUGAUCGUGUAUUUCGAAAUGAAAAUCUGGACGCUACUCAUUUGGCAGAAUUUCAUCAAGUUGAAGGUCUAGUCGCUGACUUUGGUCUUAGCUUAGGCCAUUUGAAAACUGUAAUUCGAACAUUCUUUUCAAAGUUAGGACUUACGCAACUGAGAUUUAAACCAGCAUAUAAUCCAUAUACUGAACCGAGUAUGGAAAUUUUUAGUUAUCAUCCUGGUCUCAAGAAGUGGGUGGAAAUAGGUAAUUCUGGACUAUUUCGUCCGGAAAUGCUCAGACCAAUGGGGUUACCUGAAGGAUUGUCUGUUAUAGCUUGGGGAUUGUCUCUGGAACGUCCAACUAUGAUUCGAUAUGGUUAUAAAAAUAUUCGUGAUUUAAUUGGUCCAAAAAUUGAUCUUAAUAUGAUAUACAAGGCACCAUUGUGUCGAAUGUAUAAGUGUUAGCUCCUGUUCUCAUACUAUUUAAUAUCGAGUCUUAUUCCAUUGUGAUUUAAUUUUUGGCAUCUGUUGUUUUUGCAAACUUUUGGAAGAUAUUUUGCAUAUGUCUGUAAAUGUACUUUGCUGUACGUACUAUUGAAUAUCCUUGAUAUGAUUAUAGAAAGCCGAUUAUUUCUAACUUGAAA